GACGGUUCCGCCUGUCGCGUUCUUGUGCCAGUUUCCAACUUUUCCAAAAAUGGUCCCAUCCAAGACCGGGAUCAUCAAGCCAAGCAUGCAGGACCUCUACACCCACACCGCGGAGGAAUGGCAGGAACACAAGGAAACCAUCACCCGGCUAUAUCUGCACGAAAAACUCACGCUGAAUGAAGUGAUGGAAUACAUGGCCCUGAACCACUUUUUCUUCGCGACGCCGAAGAUGUACAGGACGAGGAUAAGACGGUGGGGCAUAGACAAGAAUAACAAGGGAUCUGAGGUGGCCUACAUGCUUCGGCUGAAGAAGCAGCGUGAUGCCCAGGGGAAGAAAUCUUCUUUUUUUCUCCGGAACCGGCCAGUCGACUGGGAAGACAUCGAGCGAUAUCUCUCCCGUACGCCUAACUUUUGGGCAAAACAUGGCGGCGAUGCGUUGGACCUCAGCGGCGAGAUAACCUGCGUUACACCACCAGGAUCCCCACCGUCGUCGCCUCCCACUGUUCCGCAAAAGCUCGACGCCGCGCGGGAGCUCCGCGUCCACGAAGAGAUCUUGCGGUUCUUCCGCGAUUACACCCAAGGAUCCUUCGAACAGGGGGUUUGGCGCCUUUCACCUGAUCACAAGCGAUACUUCGGCCGCGGCGGCGUCGAAGCCAGCGCCCGCCUCAACGCCUGGUACGACAGGAUACGCAAUGUCUCGGACUGGCCCGGCCGGGAUGCCGACGUCGUCAGGGUGGUUAAUCGCCUUCUUGACGACCUUCCCCAGUUCAUCAGGGACCAGGACUACACCGUCUUCCCCGCGCUCAUGCGGUGCUGCUUCUACUUGUCCGCUCGGCGCCCAGCCCUGGGACGGGCUGUUGCCGAGUUUGUCGCACGGCUGUGUGGUGUUAUUCUAGGCCCGAAACACCCCAUGAGCUUAGCAUGGUCGAGGAUCAAGUCGCUUCCGCUGCCCGAGUACCUCCUGGCCCUCCAGGGAACGGCAAAGAUCCGACUCGACCACCUGGAGUCUCGACAAUGCGAGGAUGCCGAAGACGACAACACGAUAACUGCCUUGCGCGAGUAUCUCUUGGCGCUCAGGUUGAGGGGCCCUGCGGCGAUGGAUGAGAUUGAGCGCACAACGUGUCGGGCGAAGAAGCAGAUAACAACCAAGACCAGCAAAGGCCUCACGGCCUCCCACUGUCGCCUCCUGCUCGGCACAGCAACUUCCUACAUCACUUGCCGCAGGUUCGAGGAGGCGCAAGAGGUCCUCGACAUCGUUGGAGCGCACCUGCCAACCGCUUCCGCACAAGAUCCCCACUUGCAGCGCGUGCUCCCGACCUACCUCUUCGUCAUGGGUUUCAUCCGCUAUGUCACCCGCCGCAUGGACGAGGCCGUCAACUACUUUUUGCAGACAUACGCUGCAUUGGAGAAGGCCAGGGGCCCUCACAGUUCGGCCGUUUCUGAUAUCCUUCUCGCACUGGUCGACUUCCCCGGGCUCCUGCAGAAACCUGAGGAUAUCGAGCAUUGGAGGGAGAAGUUUGCCCAUCUGCAGACAGAGACGCUCGCAAUGGCGGAAAAAGGUUUCAAGCAGAAGGGACCGGAAGUGGUUGACUCGUGGGAUGGCCCUUUGGAUACGGAUGUUAACACGAGCAUGUGGUGAGGGCGGGAAGGUGAGUUUCACAAGUUUUGGUCAGGUGCCGUGGGCGUAACGGACGAUCUGAUGUCCUCGGUAGUGCUGAAGCCACCAUACCAUCUUGCGCUCUCAGCGAUGGCGUCGUAACAGCGCGGGUCACAAUGUUUCAUUGCAUCGCGGCCUGGCAGUC